AUGAAAGCCGCUCCGUCAGCUGGUGUGCAACAGGAUCCUGAAAACCAGAAAGAGAGGGAUGCCGGACUUGAGUUCGAAUCAACAAAUGUAUCCGCUUUUAAAGGCCUGGGAUGGUUGGAUCGCUUCCUGGCACUCUGGAUCAUUCUUGCCAUGGCCAUUGGAAUCAUCUUGGGCAACUUCGUACCCGAGACUGGAUCAGCAAUGGAGAAGGGCAAGUUUGUCGGUGUCUCGGUACCCAUUGCGGUUGGCCUCCUGGUCAUGAUGUAUCCAAUUCUGUGCAAAGUCGAGUUCGAAACACUACAUGAAGCGUUCCAGACGAAAGAGCUUUGGAGACAAGUGUUGUUCAGCAUCGUAGUAAACUGGCUUAUUGCUCCUUUUCUCAUGCUUGCUCUUGCUUGGGCAUUUCUACCAGAUGAGAACGGAUUGCGAGAGGGCUUAGUGCUUGUUGGUCUCGCAAGAUGCAUCGCUAUGGUUCUCGUUUGGACAGGUCUUGCAGGCGGAGAUAACCAGUACUGCGCGAUUCUUGUUGCCAUCAACUCCCUGCUCCAGAUGGUCCUCUACGCGCCGCUCGCAGUCUUUUUCAUCAAUAUAAUCAGUCACUCAAACUCGGCAAUCACAGUGUCAUACUCCACGGUCGCGACCAGCGUUGCAGUGUUCCUAGGCAUUCCGCUCGGUGCUGCAAUCAUCACGCGGUUUGCACUUCGCCAAUUGACCGGCGGGCGUUGGUACGACGAGAAGUUCAUUCGGUGUAUUGCGCCUUGGUCCUUGAUCGGACUUUUGUACACCAUCUUGGUGUUGUUUGCUUCACAGGGACACCGCGUUGUGCACCAGAUUGUCUCUGUUGUCAGAGUCGCCGCCCCACUCAUCGUCUACUUCUUUGUCAUCUUUACUGCUACACUGUGGAUCACACAACGGCUAGGGUUUGGAUACAAGCUGGCAGCAACUCAAAGCUUCACUGCUGCAAGCAAUAACUUCGAACUCGCAAUUGCUGUGGCGGUGGCUACUUAUGGAACAGACAGCGAUCAAGCUUUGGCCUCAACAGUUGGUCCAUUGAUUGAAGUGCCUGUCCUUCUGGGCCUUGUAUAUAUUGUUAAAUGGCUCGGCCAAAGGCGUAACUGGAAAUAG